GGUGAUUCAGCCGCGUGGCCGCGCGCCGGCCAGGGCAGGGGGCGCGCGCUGCUGCGGUACGGGCGGUCCCCGUGGCGGCUUUUCCUAGUGUGGUCUGCUCGAGUGAACGCAUCCCACACGAAUUCAAGCCCCUGGUACCAGAUCGCUGCGGGGAGCGGCAGAUCUGUUCUGAGGACCAAGAUUCAUGUGGGGGAUGGUUACAGAGUUGAACCAUGGAUUUUUUUCUGAUCGAGAGGACAGUUCAGCAUAGAGUGCAAGGAUGAAUGUUCACCGUGGCAGUGAGAGCGACAGGUUAUUACGGCAGGAGGCCAGCUGCCUGAUGGAUGAAACCUCAGCUGCAGCCCAAGAAAAAGAAACAAGUAGCCUGACUACUUCUGGUCUUCAGAACCUUACCUACCCUCUAGGUCCCAGGAAUGACGACCUUUCACCUGACUAUGCCUCUCAGCUGGCAAAUCUGCAGUUCCCUCACAUGAUGCCACUUCCCGAAGACGUCAAAGGCUCUUGCUUCCAAGGUGGGAGUAAACGGAACCAUGAGCCCUUUACUUCAGAACGAUUUGGAAACAGCACUGUGGGCUUUGGCAGUAACAUUCAUUCCCUGGCGCCAGAGAAAGUGACGCUUCUGGUAGAUGGCACACGUUUUGUGGUGAAUCCACAAAUAUUCACUGCUCAUCCGGAUACCAUGUUGGGAAGGAUGUUUGGACCAGGAAGAGAGUACAACUUCACACGGCCCAACGAGAAGGGGGAGUACGAGAUCGCUGAAGGAAUCAGUGCGACUGUCUUUCGAACAGUGCUGGAUUAUUACAAAACCGGUAUCAUCAACUGUCCUGAUGGCAUCUCUAUCCCAGACCUAAGAGAUACGUGUGAUUAUCUCUGCAUUAACUUUGACUUCAACACUAUCCGAUGUCAAGAUCUGAGUGCUUUACUGCAUGAACUGUCGAAUGACGGGGCUCACAAGCAGUUUGAUCACUACCUCGAAGAGCUGAUCCUGCCCAUCAUGGUGGGCUGUGCCAAGAAGGGGGAGCGAGAGUGCCACAUCGUUGUGCUGACGGAUGAGGAUUCUGUGGACUGGGAUGAAGACCACCCCCCACCCAUGGGCGAGGAAUAUUCCCAAAUUCUUUAUAGCUCCAAGCUCUACAGAUUCUUCAAAUAUAUUGAGAAUCGGGAUGUUGCUAAAACAGUGUUAAAGGAACGGGGCCUAAAAAACAUUCGCAUCGGAAUUGAAGGUUAUCCUACCUGUAAAGAAAAAAUUAAGAGAAGACCUGGUGGUCGAUCUGAAGUAAUCUAUAACUAUGUGCAGCGUCCCUUUAUCCAGAUGUCAUGGGAAAAGGAAGAAGGAAAGAGUCGCCAUGUGGAUUUCCAGUGCGUUCGGAGUAAAUCCCUCACUAAUCUGGUAGCUGCUGGAGAGGAUGUCUCGGAGGACCAGGAGAUACUAAUGCAUCACCCGCCCCAAGUGGAUGAACUUGAUCGGCUAAAUGCCCCGCUUUCUCAGAUGGCUUCAAAUGACUUUCAGGAUUAGGGCCAGCUGUGGGUCCAACCCUCUUCGAAGUUUUUCUCCGUCUGGGCUGCCCAGAGCCAGUCCUCCUCAUGUGUAAGAGACAUGCUUCUCCCCUCCUUUAUGCCAUAAUUAAUGUGCACCCCUUUCAGUAUAUUUGCACCUCUGGCAGGGGAUGAAAGAGCACUCACUGGUAAUCAGCUACCAGCUUUGCAGCAGCCCUGGUAACUUGAAAAUUUAGGUCUGGUGCUGUUCACUGAAUCUGUGUAACUGCAAAAGCAGAAAAGGAAGUCAAGACUCCUGUUGCCUCAUUCAGCAAAGCAGUUCUCAUCUUUUAUGCUUUGUUCUUGGCUUUUGUGUAGUUUGCUUUAUACCAGGCACAUUACUUAGUAGCAAAGGGACCAAACUUAAAAGGAGACAAUCUCUGUCUUUAAACAGACACUAAUGGCAUACUCAUUGGGGGUUACAUUAAGAUGCCGUUCCUGGUGGCACCUGUGCCCAAACUGUGUCAGGGAAGUAGGCUGUCAUUCAGAAUGUCUAAAAGGAAAUUCUUAGGCGCUUAAAUGCAGUUUUGUUUUUUCAUUAAUGCAGCGAACAAUCCCAAACCACACAGAUUCUGUGACAGGAAGGGUAAUGGCAUAACAGUAUUUAUGAAACCUUAGCUUCAUGGUGUUCGAGCCAAAAUAAGUUACUAAUUUUGAAGGAAAUUCACAACUCAAGUAGAAGAACCUCUCCAGGUCAGGCCACUCCGAUGGUCUUGGCUUGGAGUCUGGUGUGAAGCCUCAGGUCUUUGCCCUGGAGCAGCAUGUUGCCGUGGUGUGGCUGGGAGGCCUCUGGGGCUUUAGCACUUAAAGGCUUUUGGGAUGUGGGCAAAAGUUUCUCAAGAGGGCCGUUUCUCAGCAGGACACUUGUAAGAGCUCCAGUGAGGGAGCAUUUGGGGUGAAGCUGGUUGGGGAAGCCUCACCUGCCCAGGCUUGCUGCCAGUACAGGGCUUUUCUUUGUAUAUUCUUUUCAUAUGUAUGGAGUACUUUUCAGUAUCGGGAUAUUUUUAAUUUUUGAAAUAGCCUAUCAGCUGCUCACACUGGAUAAGAAACCAUACUAAUGUCAUCCCAAAAGGAUGAGUUGAAGGGAAAUGAGACCUAGUAAUUGUCUUUGCUCUGUCAGCUACAUGUUAAUGCACGGUGUGCGACAACCCAGACCACUCCCCGCACUGAACCACCUUCCCCGCCCUGAUGUCACCAUGGCUGGAGCCCAACAGGCUGUGGGAGCAUCUCCCACUUUGUGUGCAGCCUGGCCCCCCAGUCCCCUGCCCAGAGAAUGUGCUGCUCAUAGAUGACAGAGAGGCACAUAGUUCCCUUCAAGUUCUUCAAGGCAGGAACAAGACCAGUCUUCUUCAGUUACACUCCCAUACAAUACUGUAGUUGAUUCUCUUUCACAACUGCAUUCGUCCCAGUCCUCCAAAGGUGAAGUCAGAAGGGUGUUGAAAGCUGCCUUUUCCAGACUUGAACAAGAAUGUCUUAAGAAGUGUGUUCUGUGUGCAUGUGGUCAGCAUCACAGUGGAAAUCAACACUCUGUUCCUUACUCUGAAAAAGUAAAAGGGGUUAAACUGAACCAUUCCCCUUUUAUAGACUUCUGACUACCACUGGUGUCCCUUUGUAAGGCUGAAGGCUGGGGCUUAGGGUUAGAGUUGUUUUGUAGCCAGAGGGUAGUUUUAUUUCUGUGAAACUUGGCUCAUAUUUGAUGUCAGGGCGGCUGUGACCUUAGCAGUAAACGUUCAUGCCCUCUGGUAGUUGACUAGCCCAGUAUUGUUUAAUGGUGCUUCCUUUAUACUUUUCAGUUGACUUCCUUGUCAUUGCAAAGGAAAUUUGCAGUCUGUUUGUGUAGUCUGUUAGGUAUAACUUCUGUUCAACAACUAAAAUGUCAUUAACGUUUGGUAAGUGUCACCCUGCUGCAGCUAUACUCUAAUUUAGUCCUUGCUUAGGUAGAAAGCCAGGUAUGAAAGUAUGGCAUGUACUUAACACUUUUUUCCGUGUAAAUGUUACACUUACUCAGGCUUUCAAGAACUAGAUCUUUCUUCCCCGUAUUGGGUUAACAUGGUUUUGGCCCCAACCCCAUUGAAAAUCUGUGGAGGUAAAUCUGCCAGUGUCACCAGGUGAUGGUGACUGGGGAAAAAGCUGGGCCCUCAGGCUGCUUCUGCUGGAGAGGGAGGUUUUUCCUGCACCCAUGGGCUCCCAGCCUGGAGCUCGGCAUCACUGUGAUCUGUGGCUCCCCUCAGUCAUAGCUGCUCUGUUCCCAUGGUCAAGUACUGGCCCCCUGGGUAAAAAGUGUUUCUAACAAAAAGGGUAGGACUCAGGUUUGGUGUUAUUUCUAAGUGCCUAAAUAAUUAAGCCAGGCAGUUUAUACAGAAACAUUUUCAUAAGGUAAUGGUUUUAGGCAGACUAUUUUACUCAAGAGGUAUCUCAGCAAGCCAAGAUGAACCUGAAUUUGAUCUUUCAAAUCCAGGGCUGUGUCUGCAUCAUACCACAUGAGCAGGAAUUGCCAUUGAGGACUCUAAGAGUAGUGGAUAAGGAGACAGUGUUAAGAUGUGUCUGGUGACAUCAAUGAUUUCUCCGAAGUGGUGGAAAUGCAUUGAGAAAGAAUGAAUGACAGCAAAAGGUAAAGAAGCUAGAAAGUAGCUGGAUUUACUGCACACGAUAUGCAGUAGCCAAUAUUAUUUUAAACUAAAGUCCAAGAGAACAGUGUGAUAUCUAAUAUAUAUAGGUCUACGAAAAUACUAUGAAAUAAGCCCAGGAAGGAUGGAUAUAUUUGCAGAUAGUGUUCCAACAGGUCCUUUUGUGUAAGUAAAAACAACACAGGCUUUAAAUCACACUGUCGGUGUGAUAUGGAGCCUUUUUUAUGGUGUGGAACUAUAGGAGGGGUUUGAGUACUUUAUUCAGUGCCACUUCUUGCCGUCGGUUUGAAAUUGUUAACAUGGGCUGAAUUUAGAAUGCAAACCCUACGUCUUUGUGGGAGAUGGAGCAACAUUCAAGCUCUGGGCGGGACCACCUCUGCAGAACGUUUUCUCCUAAAGGCAAAAUGCCUUUAGUUUUGCCUCUGUGUUUAAAGUUGCACAUGUUCACCUACCAGUGUUUACGAAAUCCUGUAUUUGGGAUGCUUUUUUUAAUAAUAAAAUAUUAUCAUUUGUG